ACGUACCCGACAGGAAUCUUCUUGCGGGCUACCCACGUGCUUGCCGACUCAGUUCACCUGUAUAAACGCAACCUCGCCGAUCAUAUCUUCAAAUUCAGAAGUGGCCACCGCAAGAUGCUUUCAACUGUAAAAGGCGAACUGCCGUGAGGUGCGGUUUUGCCGACCGUGAUUCAGUCCUGCAAAGUGCCAACAAGGAAACUUGAAAUGGCUUUCAAUGUAAAACGGAGGAAUUCUACAAUUCAAUUUACAAUCUUUGGCCAGGUUACGCGCGGCAAGAUUUGAAAAAUUCAGAAAUAUGUUGACUGGCAUAGUGAUUUUUGUUGCUCUCUUGUGGAGUAUCAGACAGAGAGGGGAGCUUGCGAAAGCAGACGACAUUCCUUGGGCGUUGCGUUUCUUGGAAGAGCCAGCGGAUACAGAAUUUGCACACACUCGUUCAGCAAUACUGAAUUGUAAAGUGGAAGACAGGCCGAAGGCUACGAUCACCUGGCAAAUCGCUCGCACAGGUUACCCAAUCAACAAGAACAUCAGUGGAGUACGACACAUCUUGCCGAAUGGAUCCUUGUACUUUCCCGCCUUUACCGAAGACAAAUUUACAACAUCAGUACACAACACUGACUAUCAGUGUAAUGCAACAAACAGUGUUGGAACGUUAAUCAGCCGCGCAGCUAAGCUACGGGCAGUUAUAACGCAACCAUUCAAGGUGUAUGCACAAGACAACUUCGUUAUUCGUGGAAAUACAGCCGUUAUAAAAAGCGUGAUUCCAGAGCACGUACGUGAUUAUGUACGUGUUCUAUCAUGGCAUAUUAAACUUGACGUCAUCACGCUGGGAGGCAAAUAUUCUUUGAUGCCAUCCGGGGAUUUGGUCAUUACCAACGUGGACGAAAAGGAAGCAAAGGACACGACUUAUUACUAUACAGCAGUGAACGUUCUGACAGGAGAAAAGUAUUAUAGUAACCCAGCUAAAACAUUUUUAAAAGAUCAACAAGAAACCCCUCCCAGAAUACUAACCGAACCCUUCAACAUUACGGUACCAGAGGGAGAUACAAGUAAGUUACAGUGCGUUGCCGAAGGAUUUCCUAUACCUACAAUAGAGGACUACAGCUGGAGGAAGGACGGGGUCGUUAUUCAGAUGGGACACCGCUUUUCUAGAUUUGCGGGUGGAAGCCUGAAAAUUGAGUCCACGCAGUUUCAAGACCAAGGAUUGUACGAGUGCACUGUAAAAAAUUCCAAAGGCACGGAUACGUUGUAUAUGUAUCUUACUGUGCUGGUUCCCCUCGAAUACCUUGUUCGCCCUCAAAGAAAGGUGGCGCCAGUGUUAUCUUCAAAUACGGGAACCAAAAUGGAGUGUGAUGUCACUGGACAACCAAAACCUAACAUCACUUGGCUACAGAAUGGCAAAGUAUUUCCCGGCGAUGAACGGAUAACAGUUGAGCCAAAAAAACUCGUGUUCGCUGUGAUAUACAGCAAAGAUGUUGGUGUGUACCAGUGUAUCGCGGACAAUGGUCUAGAAUUAGCACAGAGCAAUGCUGUGCUCAUUACUGGGGAACGCAAUCCAUCAAUCAGAACGAGCGCUGACCGAGUAGUUCUAAAUCGUGGAGAAAGCCUCAGUAUAUGGUGCAAGGCCUUCAGUCAAUCCAGGCCAGAAGUCACGUGGUACCUAGAUAAUGUGAAGUUACACGAAGGAGACGAAUAUUCUAUGACGCGAGAACUAGAGACUGGGGGAAAUAAUGGAGAUGAGGGCACAAAGAGCACUCUGAGGGCGGACAGAAUGGACGUGAGAAGGACUGGUGAAUACAAAUGUGAGGCUUGCAAUAUCGGCAACUGUACAGCACAAGUUAUCGGGGUCUUUAUUGACGGUACAACAAACAUCACUUCAUUACCACCCGUUGUAAACGCAACUGUCGGCCAAUCCCUUCAGCUGCCGUGUAUAGCGAAAGGUUACCCAGUCCCUACAGUCACGUGGUCUAAAGACGGCAUUCGCAUUCCAUUUGACCAUUUGCAGUCCGUAUCAGAUGACAAUACAUUUCACAUCUCUAAGGUUCAAAAAGGAGACGCAGGUCGGUACAAGUGCACAGCGGUCAAUAGAAAUAAUAUCAGAGACGAGGGUUUUGUGGAUGUCACUGUUUAUGAACUUCCGAAUCCAAAAGUAGUGUCCCAAGACAAGUGGUUGGAAGGAAAAAGUGGUACUCUAGCUUGUUCAUCGAACACGCAUGACGGGUCAUUAAAUUUUCGCUGGCAGAAAGACGGAAAGGACAUUGUUGCCGUGGACGAUGCUGUUGCAAUUCAUCUGAUAAACGAGCGCAUGAGCAUGUUGGUAUUAAAACGUCUGACUGCGGCGGACUCGGGCGAGUAUACGUGCGUGGCUAGUAACAUAGCUGGGACAUCUAGCGCGUCUAAACAAAUGGUUGUAUAUGUGCCACCAUCCAUCCCUCAACAAAAUCCAAUUACUCAGCAAAUCCUCAAAACAUUCACGACCUACUUGACAUGCGUGACAUCCGGGACACCUCCUCCGCGUAUUGAUUGGUACAAAUAUGAGUCAGUUAGCGGCAAAUUCGUCCCCGUCCAGAUGGACAACCCUCGUUUUCGGAAAACGUUGAAUGGAACUUUGGUUAUAAGGGACGUGAGGGAAGAAGACGACGGAAAGUAUUCCUGUGCGGCGUACAAUGCAGUUUUUGAUGGAAGGCCGAGUAGUCAAGUGCGACUUAUAGUUCAUGCAGUGCCAGCCACUAUUGGAACUGCGCCCGCAGACACGGUGGCUAAGGUCUUCGAUGACGUCACGAUAACUUGUGUGACAGUGGGGAACUUGCCGAUUCAAUUAACUUGGUUUAAUGGAAGCAGGCAAAUGACUAAUAACUCCAGAGUUACAAUAAAAAUCUCCGAGGCAAAAGAGUAUUACAGAGUUAACAGUACGCUUCAUGUCCAGAAGCUGGUGCUACAGGACACCAAACAGUACUCAUGCAGGGUCACAAACAGAUUUGGAAGUGACACUAAGACGUUUCAAAUCACUGCUCAACAGAAACCAUCUACUCCCUCAACACCAGUCGUCAAGGAAACGGAAGCAACAUCCAUAUACCUGACUUGGAGCCCAAGCUUUGAUGGGAACGCACCGAUCAUUCGGUACAUUGUGGAGUUUAAACUGAGCACGAGAGACUGGCAAGAGGGUGAAAGGAGAGUCGCAAAACAUUCCACUGGUCUUCAAGUUGACGGACUGCUGCCUGCUUCUGAGUAUGAACUUCGGGUAUACGCCGAAAAUAAGCUAGGAAAAAGUGAGGCGAGCCAUUAUACAACUCGCAAGACACUUGAAGCGGCUCCAUCACAGGCACCAAAACUGAUCAACGUCACUGCUGUUUCGUCCAAAGAGAUUUACGUUGUAUGGGAGGCCCCUCCUGUUUCCAGCCGAAAUGGUGUGCUCCGAGGUUACUUUGUUCUGUACAGAGAAAACAAUAAGUACUAUCGAAGUAAAAACUUAACAGUGAGGGGUGGGGAAAGGAGAAAUUACGUCAUCAGUAAUCUUCAUCCUUAUAAGAAAUACAUCAUAGAGAUUCAGGCGUUUACCCGAGCGGGAGUGAGUCCGAGAGGAAGAGCGACGAAAGAAGUUCAAACAGAUGAGGAUGUCCCCAUUGAGCCUCCUCAGUCAGUCAUGAUCAAAGUUCUCAGCUCGCAAAGCAUGGAGGUUAAGUGGAAAGAGCCACCCAAGAACACUAUAAACGGGCAGUUACGUGGUCACCGAGUGUACUACUACAGCACCAAGAGCCCAAAUCAAGUGUUCAACAGAACUGUGACCAGAUCCAAUGGAUUUAAUGGACAGUGGAACGCCACUUUAACAGGACUGCGCAAGUUUACUACGUACAAGAUCAGAGUGGCGGCAUUUACUCGCGUAGGGACUGGUGUCAAGAGCCGUCCACGAGCUGCAACCACACUAGAGGACAUCCCAGGACCUCCAAGUAAUGUCCAGGCCAUCCCAGUUUCCAAGCAGACAAUCCGUGUAUUCUGGGAUCCUCCGUUAGAACCAAAUGGCAUUAUAAGAGAGUAUCUACUCUAUUACAGAAAGAGUAUCGCAGACUCGCUUCUCACUGACCCCACUGAAUAUGUGUUAAGUGGGAAUAUGACGUCAAAAUAUCUCCCUAAGUUAGAGUCUGAUACCGAGUAUAGUUUCUGGGUGAAAGCAAGCACUGCCAUCGGAGUUGGAGGCAAUUCUACGGUAGUCAGGCAAACGACGCAAGAAUCAAUUCCAGCCAACAUCUUUAACGACGAUUUACCGGUGACCCUUGCAACAAGAUCAACAUCCGCCAUCUUAGAAUGCGAAGCUUAUGGUUACCCUAAGCCUUCGGUGAUGUGGUACAGCAGUGGUCGUGAGCUGACAGACGUUACGAAAUACCGUCAGCUGACAAACGGCUCCUUAAAGAUCAUUAGCGUCAGAGAAGCUGACGCCGGGCAGUAUGAAUGCACGGCAAGUAACAAACUGGGACGGAAAACAGUUAUCAGGAAACUCAAAGUAAAAACGACGCCAUUACCACCGAAAGUGAUAGAAUUCAAAAUUCUCACUAAUGGUACCGCUCUAAAUAUCACCUGGCGCGAAUGGGGUGACGGAAACAGCCUCGUAACUAUGUUCAUUCUUGAAUAUAAAGUAAAGGGCGAAAAGUGGGAAGUCCAGUACAUCCUAAGUAACAUCAACUACUACCUGUUGUACAAAGUGGAUUUCAACAAAGUGUACUACUUCAGGAUCUCUGCGCUAAAUGCAGUAGGAAGAGGGACUCCAAGUGCAGUGCGUAAAGUUGUAUUUGGUGAUAGAAACACACCUAUUGUCACUUUGGAGAAAGUGGGAGACGUUGAAGCAGCAGCCCCCAAAAGAACUCCGUUUUAUCGCAAUCGCGCGUUCUUUGGAGUUUUGAUCGGUGUCGCAGCACUCAUUGUUGUCGUCAUUGUGUGUUUAUUGCUGGUCGCCUUUAGAGGAGGACGCAUUGAUCUCGACAAAUUUCACGACUGGAGGAAAUACUGGAAAGGGAAAAUAUUUCGCGAGCAACUUCCGGUCGACCAGGAGGAUUACGAUCAGAGCUCGAGGCGAAGUAACCCAGACCAGUCAGAAGGCAGUCCUGCGACUAAUGGUAACAUGGCAGAUUCCUCUUCUUCCUUAGACCCAACACGGUCCACGCACGGCUCUGAGAUCAGUCUCCCAACUAACAUGCUCCGCAAUCAUUUUGCUCAAGAGACUAUACUGGAGGAGGAUUACCCACCCCCUCCCCCUCCGUAUCACCCGGGGACAACAGGUCAGGCUCCACCAUAUGAAGGAAGCUUCAGUGACACUUCUUCAGAGGGAAACUUUAAUAAUCCAGUUUAUCACCGACCUAUUCUCCAUGACACUGAUUCAGCCGCUCGCGCGCGACGUUUUGCCGAUGCAAGCGAUCAUAGCGUGUAUCCCACUUUCUACACCACGCAGAGAUCGCUGAACGGAACUCCAGGCAUCGGGGUCUUAGGAUUCCGCGGACAUGCUGACGGGGGGUCUGAACUCGAUACAACCAGCAUAUCACGGACAAUGGAGUCUAAUAUUGACCUGCGACACUCAGCAGGGGCGAGUAGAUUAAGUAAAAGUAAAAGCCGCGGGCAAAGCCAGGAACUGGUUCAUCCGGUUUAUUCUCAAAGCCCGGCGUCCGGGGGACCGCGAUCACGUGACUCGGGCUUAGGCCCAUCACGGAAUGAACUUCGCCGAACAAGCGUUAAUUCUAAACGUGGCUCUAGUCAAGUGACGCCGGUAUUGCGACCGAUGCCAACACCCCAGCGGCGGGAGUCUGGGUCAUCAAAAGAACUCAGCCCCUACCACAGAGGCUAUGACAGAAGCUUAGGAUCGCGUGAUCCUCGCGCUUAUGAUUCGGCUUCUUCGGAGUACAGCUCGUCACGCGAUGAACUUAUAUCCGCGCUUGAGUUUGGAAAAAGACAUAACCUAGAUCAGUAUUAUGGGAUACCAACUUUGGAAACUACAUCGAUAUCUUCAAAUACAACGAACAGUAGCGAUCAAGACGGAAUAUGCAAGUUUACAGCCAGCCCCAGGCCUCUAGGUGACGGUUGUUAUGCACCUACUCCAGUUCACGCUCCUCCGUUUCACCCGAGAUCAAAAUCACGCGGAAAUGAGAAUUACAUUUAUGUCCUCGAUCCACGGCGACGCGGCGCUGAACGAAAUACGGCUGCUCAGCCUAAUAGUUCGAUGGUUUGACGUUCGCAUGGAAGCCGUCGUCAGAUUUUGAUCAGUUUUUUUUAUAUCAAAAUGGCGUCGAGAGUUUGAAUGAACUGCAGCAUUCAGAUUAAACGAUCUGUUUAAGGUACAUACUCCAGAUUUUGGAUCAAAACUUCCAUACAGGGAAAAACAUUUUCGUUUGUUUGGCUGAUAAAAAAUAUGAACAUCGUCGACACACAGUCCAGUAGUGUAAAAUAGUUGGGACUUCGAUUGAGGGUGAUAUCGAGAAAAAAAAUUUAGAAAGAUAAAAAAAUUCAUCUGAUGGAGAAAUGCUUCUUUCAAAGAACACGCUGGAAAUCACAACUGAUAAGUUCUCAUCUGCUGUCUCCUAACUAUUCUUUGAUCACCAUUUUUCUCUUAUUCAAAUUUCCUUAUCAGAACGUCAACAGACUUAGACAACAAAAUCGAACCUGAGAUGAGUUUCAUAGAAAAGAGAAAUUAAACCAUGGAUUUCAAAUUGAGUAAAAUAUUCAAAAUAACAAUGUACAGAAAUCCAAUAUAAUUAAGUAAUGAACAUUCACAGUGGUAUUGUAAAUAUGUAAGUUGGACAGUAGAGGAAGCUAAGAAAAUUAUAUGUAUGUCUAAGAAAGUUAGACAAGUUAUGUAAAGAAUAUAUAAAGCAACUUGGUUAUGAGUAGACUCUUGGACCUAACCCUUGAUGGAAUUUUAAAACCAAGUGAGAAUGAAAUUAAAUGAUAGAAUGGAGACAUUGGGAUCGUCUUUCCUUUUCGCAAUUUUUGGCGGGUCUAUAGUCAGCGAGGUUUACUCGUGUAUCGUGGAACAAGUAUUGAAAAAAGAACACAAAGAAAAGAAAUAAAAUGAAGAGAAAGCGGACUUUAUAAUGAGAACAGACGCAUUAAGAGAGAGAAAGGGCAUCCCUCUCCCGGACAAUUUUGAAAAUUAGGUCUUUGGAGGCACGAUUUCCAGCAUUUUGAGGGAUGAUUGUUGAUUGUUUUAUACCACUUAAACUAUAUCUGUUUUGAAUUAUUUUACACGAGUACUACCACUGUGGAAACCAAUUAAGAAAAUAAAACACAAGUUGCAGUUGUGUAAUUGUUCUCGCUCUGUGCUUUAAAAAUUCACGCUAGGAAAAAUAAAGACUUUUCUAUCA